AUGAGUAAGCGAAGAGCUAAAAAGAACGUGGGUUUUGACGAGUUUGAUGUUGCACAGUUUAGCUUAAAUGAAUUAAUUAAUCAAGAUAUGACUCCAGUUGAGACCACAUCAAGGCCCAGACGGACGUGUAGAGACAAUGCCAUUCCCUACUCGCUUCUGGAAGAAAUUCACGAAGAUUUAAUCGGUUUGCGAAUCCAAUUUAGCACAGAGUUUCAUACAUCAUCAACAAUAAUUUCUAAACGUUCUGAUUGUCUUCCUAUUUACGCUGUAAGGCUGUUUAUUUAUUUAGGACCCAAGGAAACCAAGCAGAAGAAAAGAAAUCCCCAAUAUUGCGUUGAUUGCGACGGCUUCACUGUCGAUGGUAUAUGCGAACUACACAGAAUAGAGCUAAACUACAUUCCAGACAAGGAAGUCCCUCAAUCAGUCCAAAACAGAGCCAAGCUAACAGCGCCUAGUGAACUAUCUGUUUGCAAUAGUGGUAUUAAAAAUGCGGGACUUGGCGUAUACUCGAAUGUAUUUCUCAAAAAGGGAACUGUGUUUGGGCCCUAUGAAGGGAGACUGCGUAAUGAUAUGGAUCAGCGAUGGGAGUCAAGGGAUGGAGAUUAUGCGUGGGAUGUUGCGAUGGGGUUUAUGGAUGCUAGAGAUACUUCGUUUGCUAAUUGGAUGCGGUAUGUGAAUAACGCUAGACGCCACAGUGAAACAAACUUGCGAGCUGUCCGCAUCAAUCACGAAGUUUACUAUGUAACUUACAAAGAUAUCAGACCGGGAUACGAGUUGUUAAUUUGGUACGGAGAUGACUACGCCUUGAUGUUGGGUUGUGAAGAUGACGGGGAGGAGGGUGAACCACAGGAAUUACCCGCGGGCGUUUACAAAUGCGAGGGAUGUGAAAUGUGUUACAGUUGCUUGUUUUACCGAAUGAAACACCAGACACAAGGCACAGGCAAAGUAAGCUGCAAAAAAGAGUUUGACAAAAUCGAACCCGAAGUAUUUGGAAGGCCUUGCCUCUGUGCAAAGCACAUAAAAAGACCUGUAGAAAAGUACAGAAUCAAAAUACCUGCUAAGAAAAUAACGGAGGCAUCAACAGCAGCGCAAAGUUGCUCGCAGAGCUCUAAGAAAGGAUCUAUAAGGAGCCAGAAGAGUUCACUGAGGGGAUCUCUGCAAUCUCUGAGUGUGCGUAAUAAAGAAUGCAAAAUAUGCGGUAAGAUAUGUAGCAGUGCUGCAGAUUUGGAAAAACAUAUGCGAAUUCACACAGGAGAGAGACCAUUUGUAUGUGAAAUAUGCGAGAAGACAUUCAACCAGCAACCUCAUCUACAGAGACACAAAUUAGUUCACACUGGUGAGAGGCCUUAUGCGUGUGAUAUAUGCGGAGAUAGAUUCUCACUUCUUCAUCAUCUCAAAACACACAAAAGGUAUCACACUGGAGAAAAGCCAUUCGCAUGCGAUGUAUGUGUGCAAAGGUUCACAGAGAGAAGCCAUCUUAAAAUACACAAGCGCAUUCACACUGGAGAGAAGCCAUUUGCAUGCGAUGUAUGUGGUCAAAGAUUCACUCACUCUUCUCAUCGUAAUAGACACUUGAGGACGCAUACGGGUGUGAAACCAUACCAAUGCCACAUCUGCCAUCAAAGGUUCAGUCGCUCCAACAGUCUCAAAAAACAUGUAAGUGUAAUUCACGAAGAGAAACAACCGUCAAAUAUAAUCCAAGGAAAACCCAAAACAAUGAUGAGUCACUGCAAUGGGGUUUUUACCCGGGACACACAGAAUAAUGCAGAGCAGCUUUCUCGCUCCUUAAGGAAAGCAGAAACCACUGAAUCUAUAUGUGUAGAAGAGUCGUCAUUGCAUUCAGCAGAAGAGAGUCCAAACCGAAGCACCGAUUCGAUCAGGUCAAUCACAGCAAAGGAAAAUCAAAAGGAGAAACUUUUAGUUUCAACAAUUACUACAGAACCUGAGAGCCAGCCAGAAAAAAUCAUUGACGUUAUUGCCGAAAAAGAAUAUCCACUGGCCUUAGAUAUUUACGAAUUGUAGGCAAAAUUAUUCAUCAAUUCAAACAACAUUGCAACAAGUUCAACUAUUUCAAGUGUAUGAU